UGAAAAACUAUAAGUGUCUGCAACCACAACCUCCUCAGCAGCUCCCAUGAGUGUACAAUCCGCACAAAGCAUGCCUUCCAAAGAAGAGUUUUUCACCUCUUUUUCGUUCGAGAAGGAAAUCGAGAGAGCCAAGUGGUACAAAGAUGACCUGGAUAAAGGCGGCUGGAAAGAGGCGCACAGAAGUCCUGGUCAUGUAUAUUGGAUCAAAACCUUCCCCGAAGACGAGGUCCCGAUAAAUGUUCUAUCUUCGAUCGACCUUCCAUUAUCGGCGGAAAUGUACAUGGAAAUUGUAGACCGGAAAAACCUGGAUAAGCGAAGAAAGUGGGAUAGGGCUUUCGUGGACCACGAAAUCCUGGAAACGUAUCCAGAUGAUAAGGGAGUCGUUAGAUUCAUGCGUUAUCCGACUUCAUUCCCGCUUUGGGAUCGUUCGUUCAUCUUGUUUUUUCCACCUCUAAAAGAAAUCGACUGGUAUGGUAAGCGAGCUUUUAUCCAGAUCCAGAAAAAUGCCUGGCACCCUUCGAAGCCGGAGGGAGCUGAUGGCCUUGUGAGAGCAACCAACGGAGGCAAUUUCAUUGUGAUUAUCCCAGACGAAAGCAACCCGAGCGCAGCGUGUACGCUGUUCAGUCUCUCCAAGAAUAACUACAAUGGAUGGCUGCCAACAAAGCACAUCGAGUGGAUUGUCGGAAGGAAAGUUUCCGCUUCGUUCAACCUGUAUUUGGCAAACAUGGUCGACGGUUACGAGAAAUACUUCAAGCAAAAAUAACUUUUUUUUAGUGAAAUUUGAAUUGAAUUAGUGCUUCAGUUAAUAACAGUUUAUAUACUGGAACGGUGUUCCUUCAGAAACAAAGGGUAAUAUAGCAUCCUUCAAUAGCUGAUAGAAUUGUAUCCUGGUCGCCCCUAUGUACCAAACCACUUGAAAAACACAUUUUUAUUACAUGAACUGCGGAGUUUUACAAGGAUUUCCAGCCCUGAAAAGCCGCAAUUUUACCUUGUGUAAAAUUACGAUAAUUUUUCACUGUAAGGAUAUGAAGUCUUCGGCAAUCUUCGGUUUUCUUAAGAAAUCGACGUAAUCCUCCGAAAUUUUUGGAAAAUGUUUUGGAGAAUCUUCGAAAAUCUUCGCGAGGAGUCGUAAAUCUUCGGGAAUAGUCAAAAACGUCGUCUUAGCAUGUAAAUAAAAUAAAUAUCCUGUGAUAUCGAGUUCAACAGUCGAAAAGAAAUAUUGCAUAUCUACGUGCGCCCAUGUAUUAUUCUCUAUGUAAUCGCGGUAAUAAUGUAAUCGACCGUAUCGCAAUAUUGUUAAAAUUUUCACAAUAAACGCAAGGUUUAAAGACC